AUGGGUGAUGUUGAAAAAGGCAAGAAUGUUUUUGUUCAGAAGUGUGCCCAGUGCUACACUGUGGGAAAGGGAGGCAAGUAUAAGAAUGUACCUAACCUCCAUGGUCUGUCUGGUUGGAAGGCAGGUCAGGCUGCUGGAUUCUCUUACACAGAUGCCAACAAGAAUGAAGGCAUCACCUGUGGACAGGAUGCCCUGAUGGAGGAUUUGGAGAAUCUCAAAAUUAUAUCCCUGGAACAAAAAAUGAUCUUUGCUGGAACUAAGAAGAAAGGGAAAAUGGCAGGCCUAAUAGCUUAUCUUAAAAUGGCUACUAAUGAGUAAUUCCAAUGAUAUAUUUAUUUUAAAACAAAUGUCUCCCAACUUU